AUUUUCCUGAUUUCCUUAACCCAAAUUUCUUUUGAUUUUUAGUUUUCAAAUUCAAUAUGGCAACAGAUGUUGACAACAAUAUUUUAUUACUCAAACCAUUCACUCCAAAAUUAAUUGAACCACAAACGGAAAAUUUACACAGUUGUGCAAUUUGUGAAUCUACUGCUCUUUACAAAUGUCCAAAAUGUUUAAUAAGAACUUGUUCAGCAAAAUGUUCAAAAACACACAAAGAGAAAAAUAAUAUUUGCCUUUCAUUACUUCAUUUUUUAGUGGAAGAUACCUCACUCAAUACACAAAAUUUGAAUGAUAACCAAAAGCCAAAACUUUCUUAUAAUGACCAAUCCUUACUCAAAAGUGCUCAGUUUCGACGUAUUUGGCUGUUACCAUCGAAUGAUUCAAAAGAUUUUGGUUCUUCUCGUAUUGAACAAUUUUCUGAUACAAUUUUUUGGAAAUGUACUGUCAAGUUUGCAUAUCGGGCGCCAGUUGAAGAGACUGAAGAAAUGAACGAAUCUUCGAUUAAAAAUGAGGAAAGUUUUCAAGAGGAUGAGACUUUUGAUGACCAAGCUUCUUCAUCUGUUAUUACACAUUUGGCCAAACCACUUGUUGAUUAUGAAGUUGAAGAUGGCGAAGAAUUGAAGAUUUCUGACAAUAUUGUUGAUGUUAAAGAAGAAAAAAUUGAAAAAGAGGAAGGAGAAAUUGAGACUGAAGUGAAAACUGAAGAAAAACAAUUUACUGACAAUGAGGGUAAUGAACAACAUGAUGAUGAAAAAAUGAUUGAAGAUAUUAAUUCAUAUCAGGAACCACUUCCUCCAUUAAAAUGGCUUUCUUACACUGUUCAAAACAUUCCCGAAUCAAUCCGUGUUUCUACUCUCCUGCGACAAUUUCUUAGACCAAAACCUUAUGGGACAGUUAUAUCUAAAUCAGAGCUUGACAUGGAUUUUCUGCAACAAUUUACUACCGCAUCAAAAUCAAUUAUCGACCCUGCAAAUGAUUUACACAAGGAAUGUGUGAGAGAUCAACUGACCGUUUACUCUGAGGUUGCAUUACCCCUUGGAAAGGAAGAAGACGAAGUUACAAGUGAAAAUGAUUGUCAAAUUGAAGCAGAAUUAAGAUAUUAUCCAGUUAAUCCACAACAAACUAUUUUGGAAAAUUUGCGCAAUCGUUAUGUUGUUGGACAUCCUUCUUUUGUGGUCCUCUUACGACGAGAAAAUGAAUUUGGCGAGUUUGAAUUUCCUAUGGUGGGUGAAGUAGAACAGGCUUUGCUUAAUGCUGAACGUGAAAGGACGGUUGUGGUUAAAGAUCGACCAAGGUGGCAAAACCGUAACAGGAAUUCCGAAGGUGGUCGAGGAUUUCGAAAUGGUGGUCAAUUUCAGCACAAUUCUCGUCAACAUAGACAUGGAGGGAAAAAAGGUGGUGGCCGUCAACGCAUGUCGGAACACAAUGAACACUCAGGGCCUCCAAAUGGACAAUGGCAGCAACAAUGUUCUUAUGGCCCUAUCUACAACACUCCACCAUUUAAUCAAUAUCAUUUUCAUCCUUAUAUGCCUGCAACAUUUAUGCCUCAGAUGGCUCAACCAAGAGGGCAAUGGAGUGAUCAGAGAGGAUUUUCACAAUGAAAAUUGGAGGAAAUUGAAAAUUUUGUUGUUG